CUCUGAGUGCCUCAGAUAUGGCUCAUCAAGAGGCUACAUCCAUGGAAGAACCUGUGGUUCGGACCCAGCGGUUCCGGUUUUCUGAGGAGCCAGAACCAGGAGGGAAAAGGGCGGUGCUGGAGGUUCACAUUCCCCAGGUUCUGCAUUUCCAAUAUGGCAUGUACAUUUGGCCUUGUGCUGUGGUAUUGGCUCAAUACCUAUGGUAUUAUAGAAGAAAUCUGACUGGCAAAACUGUAUUAGAGAUUGGAGCAGGGGUGAGUCUUCCUGGGAUAGUAGCAGCAAAAUGUGGUGCUAUGGUAAUACUGUCUGAUAGCUCAGAGUUACCUCAUUGUCUGGAAAAUUGUCUGCAAAGCUGCCAAAUGAAUGAUCUACCCAAUAUACCUAUUACUGGACUCACCUGGGGCCAGAUUUCACCAGAGUUAUUGGCUCUACCUCCCUUGGACAUCAUUCUGGCCUCUGAUGUAUUUUUUGAACCAGAAGAUUUUGAAGAUAUUUUAACUACAGUGUACUACCUAGUACAAAGGAACCCUCACGCUCAGGUGUGGACUACUUACCAAGUUAGAAGUGCUGAGUGUUCACUUGAAGCUUUGCUCUACAAGUGGGAGCUGCAAUGCAUCCAUAUUCCUCUGGAGUCUUUUGGUGCCGACAGAGAACAUCUAGCAGAAUCUGCCCUUCCAGGAAGACAUACUGUUGAAAUGAUGAUCAUUUCUUUGGCAAAGAAUGUCCUCUGAAGUGUUCCUAUAUCUCCAGCAAUUAAGUCCUACAUGCUUCUUUUCAACAUCACAAUUCUGUUUAGUGUGCUUGCUGCUGCAUAGUAAAGCCACUAACAAGCCCACCCUUCUCAGUAGGAACCAGGAAUAACUUGCAGAGUAUUGUUUAAAAAAAAAAAAAAAAGGAAAAAAAGAAAAAACCCUAAUCAUUUUUUUGUUUAUUCACUUGGCUCAGUAAAAUAAAGCUUUAGUAUAAACCAAAGCAUGCAACCACCAUAAAAUUUUACUUAAGAAUUAGAUCUUUAGACCCAAGAAUUAUU